ACACACACACAGGGAUAGAAGGAGCCCGAUGUACCUGUCCGUCCAGUGUCUUUAGCGGAGGGCCAAAUAUUUGACACAGGUUCCUGCUUAAGUACGCGGUGUAAAAAUGGACUUUACCGUGUUAAAAAGCGCAGGAGACGAAUAGAAACCUGCAAAGUCCAAACGUGACGCCAUGCUUUCCUUUCUACGCUCAGGGAAGAGCCAUCCUCCUGAGGAGCUCCACAUCACCCCUCUGCCCCCCUCUGGCCCCCCUGCCCCAACACAACAACACGAGCCAGGACCCAGCAGGGAAGAAGGAGGAAGCUUGGUGGAGGACAAAGGCGUGAUCCAGACAACCUCCUCUGUGUUUUUCCAGAAACAAAAUGAACCCAUCCACAGCACCUACUUCGACGAGAAGAUCCCAGUACCACAGGACAGCAGCCAGACUGUAUUUAGUCUCCGUAAGCUGUGGGCCUUCACUGGACCUGGGUUCCUCAUGAGCAUCGCGUAUCUGGACCCUGGAAACAUUGAGUCCGACCUGCAGUCUGGAGCCAAGGCCGGCUUUAAGCUCCUUUGGGUGCUGUUGGGUGCCACCAUCAUCGGGCUCCUGCUGCAGAGGCUGGCAGCUCGUCUGGGCGUGGUCACGGGCAUGCACCUGGCAGAAGUGUGCCACCGGCAGUACCACACCGUUCCUCGUGUGGCCCUGUGGCUGAUGGUGGAGUUGGCCAUCAUCGGCUCAGACAUGCAGGAGGUCAUCGGCUGUGCUAUAGCCUUCAGCCUCCUCUCCUCCGGCAGAAUUCCUCUCUGGGGUGGAGUCCUCAUCACUAUUGUAGACACAUUUUUCUUCCUCUUUUUGGACAAAUAUGGUCUGAGGAAACUGGAGGCUUUCUUUGGGCUCCUCAUCGCUGUGAUGGCUGUUACCUUUGGAUACGAGUAUGUGACAGUAGCUCCAGACCAGGUCUCUGUACUUCGGGGCAUGUUCGUUCCCUCCUGUGACGGCUGUGGAUCUGCUCAGCUCCUUCAGGCCGUGGGCAUCGUCGGAGCAGUUAUCAUGCCCCAUAAUAUAUACCUCCACUCAGCCCUGGUCAAGUCCAGAGAAGUUGACCGUUCAAACAAAGAGGAGGUGAAAGAAGCAAAUAAAUACUUCUUUAUCGAGUCGUGUUUGGCUCUCUUCGUGUCCUUCAUCAUAAACGUGUUUGUAGUCUCUGUGUUCGCUGAAGCUUUCUACGGACAGACCAACCUGCAGGUGUACAACAUCUGUAAUAGCUCUGGCAGUCUUCAUCUGGACCUCUUUCCUCUCAACAACGAGACUUUGGAGGUGGAUAUCUACAAAGGGGGGGUGGUCCUCGGUUGUUUCUUCGGCCCUGCGGCGCUGUACAUUUGGGCUGUGGGUAUCCUGGCUGCAGGUCAGAGCUCCACCAUGACAGGAACCUACUCAGGCCAGUUUGUCAUGGAGGGCUUCUUGAACCUGCGCUGGUCUCGUUUCGCUCGGGUCUUACUCACUCGGUGUCUGGCCAUCACGCCAACACUCUUCGUCGCCAUUUUCCAGGACGUGCAAAGACUCACCGGGAUGAACGACUUCCUCAACGUGCUCAUGAGUCUGCAGCUGCCCUUCGCACUGAUCCCCAUCCUCACCUUCACCAGUUUACCCUCUCUCAUGAACGACUUUGCCAACGGACUGUUCUUUAAGGUCAGCGGCGGUCUGGCUGUGUUGGGCGUUUGCUGUAUAAACAUGUACUUUGUGGUGGUGUAUGUAACGCAGCUGGGCAGUGUGUGGCUCUAUGUGCUCGCGGCCUUCCUCUCUGUCCUCUAUCUCAUCUUCGUGGGAUACCUGACGUGGUUGUGUCUGAUCGCCCUGGGACUGUCCUUUUUGGAUCCAAUGAGAAACACAGCAGUGAGCACCAGUAUUCUGCUGGAGCGCCCCCUGGAGUCUGAGUCCUGACACUGCACCUGAAUGAGGAGAAUGGACCUUUGCAUUUGAACGGACCAGUGUACACGUAGUCCUGGUUUAGUCCUGGUUUAGUCCUGGUUUAGUCCUGGUUUAGAUCUGCUUUAGUCCUGGUUUAGUCCUGGUUUAGAUCUGCUUUAGUCCUGGUUUAGUCCUGGUUUAGUCUUACUUUUGACCUGGUUUAGUCCUGGUUUAACUCUGGUUUAGUCCUAAUUUAGUCCCAAUUUAGAUCUGGUUUAGCCCUAGUUUAAAUCUGCUUUAGUACUGGUUUAGUCCUGGUUUAGUCCUGAGUUACAUCUGGUUUAGUCCUGGUUUAGUCCUGAGUUACAUCUGCUUUAGUCCUAGUUUAGUCCUGGUUUAGUCUUACUUUUGACCUGGUUUAGUCCUGGUUUAGCUCUGGUUUACUCCUAAUUUAGUCCCAGUUUAGAUCUGGUUUAGCCCUAGUUUAAAUCUGCUUUAGUACUGGUUUAGUCCUGGUUUAGUCGAGGUUUAGAGCAGGACCUUUGUAUCUGAGCAGACCUGUGUACUGACUGUCUGAAAUCCUGAAGCCAAUCAUCAUACCCGCUGUAGACCUGGUUCAGUCCUUGUUCAGUUCUUGUUUAGUCGGCGUUCAGUCUUGCACAUGAUGGACCACAUGAAAAUUAGGAUUAAACCUGCCAGGAUUAGACCAGAACCAAACCUGGGCUAGAUCAGGACCAAUCUAACUCUGCAUUAGGACCUGGUAAAGAGCUAUUUAGUCCUGGUUUAGUCUUCACAUACAUUUCAUCAUUCAAACAGUCUGUAGCUUCCAACAGUAUUGAGUUAUUUAUCAAACCUAACCUAAUCUAAGUGAAAGUGUUUUUACAUGUGUAUUUAUGGUGUAAUCUGUGUUGUUACCACAGGGGGGCAGUGCAGGCCUCAUCGGAGUCAUAUUACACUUGACUGUGACAUGUUUAACCCACGUGAGGAGCUCGUGCUGUUUUUACACAAACUCAAAUCAAACAGGAUCAAAAUCUAACCACUAACCACAGCGUAUUAGUUUACAGACAGAUAAGUAUUUUGUAUUAUUUCAAAUUCAAAUCCUCAGAGUCUCCACCCUUUGCUUUGUUGACAGUGCUGCAAACCCUUGGCCUUCUCUCAAUGAGCUUCUUGAUGAAGUCUCCUGAAAUGGUUUUCACUUCACAGCUGUGCUGCGUCAGGGUCAAGAAAUGCCAAAAGGGUAAAGCAGUGAUCAAAGCAAAGGGUAAAGGCUGUUUUAAAAAAUGUAAAAACAAGUCUGGAGUUAUUUUGAGUGUAUCUUUUUGUUUACUACAUUACACAUGUGUCAUUCAUAGUUUUGAUACUUCAAUCUACAAUGUAAAUAAUCCUGGAAAUAAACAAGAAAAAUAAA